UGAGCGGCGCGCAUCCGUGAAACGGCGUUCAGCGGAGGAGAGAGAGAGAGAGAGAGAGAGAGCGCAUUUAUUCCGCAUACGACAGAGAGCAGACAGACAGAGCGGCUCGCUAUGCGACAGCAGCAACGACCUACUGACGACAAGAUGUUGAGUUUCGCUGUGCUGUGUGUGUGUGCCAUCGCCGGUGAAGUGUCCGCGCGCUCUACCAGCUGGAAUUUCCUGGAUGACAAGUCGUUAACAGCACGAUGGGACAAAUUUCGGGAUGAAGUGGAGGAGCCAGGUACAUGGAAUCCUGGGAAAGCGUUUGAUCAAGAUAACCCCUGUCUGAAGGUCAAGUGUAGCCGUCACAAAGUGUGUGUUGCAGACGACGACCAGACUGCUGCUUGUGUUAGCCAGCGGAGGGUCAGUGUGAAGGAACCGGGCCUGUCUCUGAGUCCAGGGUCCAAAUGCAGGCGCUGUCCAGUGGUCCGUCCCUCUCCUGUGUGUGGUACUGACGGACACAGCUACUCAACCAAGUGUAAGUUGGAGUAUCAGGCAUGUAUCUCAGGGAAGCAGAUCUCAGUCCAGUGUUCUGGCCAGUGUCCGUGUCCUGCUGUCCUUCCUGAAUACAGCACGGCAGGACAGACAGAGUGCAGUGAGUCGGACAUAAAGGAGGUUGUGGGUCGGUUAAGAGACUGGUUCAGAGUUCUACUUGAGAACGGAAACAACAAGAAGAAACUGAAGACACGCAUACCUCAGAAAAACAAGUUCAGCUCAGGGGCGGGGCCUAUCUGUAAGGAUCCUCUUGGUUGGAUGUUCUCCCGCCUCGACACAAACUUUGACCUCCAGCUGGACCAAUCAGAGCUCAGCAGGCUGGGGCUGGACAGGAAGGAAGGCUGCUCCGAUGCACUCUUCACUUCCUGUGACACACCCACCGACACACACCCCGACACACUCCUCCUCUCCAGCGCAGAGUGGUGCACCUGCUUCCAGAGAUACACAGACUCCCCCUGUUGGUCUGAACUGACCAGUAUUAACAAGAAACAGGCUGCGGAGAAGCUACCGGGUCAGUACCUGCCAGUGUGUGACGCAGAGGGCUACUACCGGUCCCACCAGUGCCACGGCAGCAGCGGACAGUGCUGGUGUGUCGAUCGCUAUGGCAACGAGGUCGCAGGGUCACGGACCCACGGAGCAGCAGACUGUGGGGUGGUGUUGGAAUCAUCUGGAGACCAGGGCAGCGGAGACUCUCUCUUCUCCGACGACGACUAUGACGAUGAUGAAGAUGAUGCCUUCGUCCUGAGCGAUCAGAUCGAUGACGAAGAUGACGAAGACGACUAUGACGGAGAGGAAAGAUAUCUGUCGUAACUCCGUCACUCUGCACUUUGCCAGGGGACUUCAGCAGCAAGAAUAGUUGCUAGGCGACCUCGUCACCGCUAACAGACUAAAGACAUUUCUCUCUCUCUCUCUCCUGUGUCUCAAAUGUCACACUAUACCCUAGUCAGUUCCCCAGGGCCCAUUGGGUGGAAGGCAGUUCACUACAUAGUGUACAGGGCACCAUUUAGGAUGGCCCACACUGUGUUUGUUGUCUAUUCCUAAUUUAAAGGUGGACUCUGCAAUUUGACACCAUCGUACAAAGUGUGGGGGGGGGGGCUUCCUGUAAAUAACAGACGGCAUCAACAACAACAAAAAAAUGACAACAACAACGGAAUUGUGAUUUAUGGGUUUCUGCCCUCUGUGGUGUUUCUUCAUCAGGAAAAUCACAGCAUAGCCGUCUUGGCAGAUUAGAAUUCUGUUGUUGGUGUUGUCCCGUAACCAGGAAGUGACCUUGCUGUGUAUGAUGUCAUAAUAACUAGCCCACCUUUCAUCGCUGGUAAACGGUUGUUUAUGUUUUCACUUCCUCUGCCGUCCAAUCACAAGCUGUGGAUGUAGUCACAUGUGCAAUGAGGCCUUUCCUUAUUGGACAAUCAGUGUGUCCUCUCCUCUCUUCCUCUCCUCCCUCCUAUCUCCUCUCCUCUCUUCCUCUCCUCCCUCCUAUCUCCUCUCUUCCUCUCCUCCCGCCUAUCUCCUCUCUUCCUCUCCUCUCUUCCUCUCCU